AUGGAAGCAAAAUUAAGAUAUAGAAGUCAACUGAGUUCUAAUGGUGCAUCUGCAUGUUUAUAUCAAGAAAAGAAGGUAGCAAAGAAACCAAAGGCUAAAGUUACUCCACAGCCAAAGAAAAUUGAAGAACCCAAAGAGGAGGAACCUCCAAAGCCUUCGCCAAAACCAAAACCUAAACCAAGAAUUGACUUUAUUCAGCGUAAUAUUGACGAAGCGGCCGAAACAAAAUCUCGCGCACAUGUUCCGAAACCAAAAGGUAAAGUCAUUGAACCUGAUCAUCUUCCAGGCGAAAUUCCAUCUUAUAUGGAUCAAGUAAGAGAGGAAUUACACAGUGAAUCUCAUCAAUCAGCAACAAUUAAAUGUCCUAAGGGAACUCGUGUCAUGACUGAAGAAGAAAAAGCAAUUGCAAUCGAGAACUUGAAGGCUGAAAAGCAAGAAAUUGAAACAAGAUUAGGAAAAGCUCCAUUGCAUAUUGAAAGUCCACAAUUAUUAAGAAAUAAGAAAUUACUCGAACAACAACUUGUUGAAAUCGAUCAAUCUCUUGCUCAAUUAUCAAAGAAAUACGUUUUUGUUCCUAUUUAA